UUUUUAUCAGGCUUUCUAUUUUGUACCAUUUUCUUUAUGUCUCGCGGCUUAGGCCCAGGCCUAACAAUAAAUGGCAAAAAACAGAGCCUAACCUCUGCUUGGAGAGUAGGUCUGUCAGGGAACAAAAUGGACAAGGCUUGAAGUCACACUGGACACAUACACAUUGAAUGCGAAUUGCAAUAUAUUGAAGGGACAAAAAUGCACGAUGACUGGUAUAUCUUGAAAGAAAAUUUAACAUCCAAACAGUGCACAUGAGAUAAAGAGACCAAAAAAAAUUUUGACAAUUUUAAUUACUGUAAAAUUGUUCACUUUUAGUAUAUGUUUAACUUAACUUUAACUUAAAAAUGCAAAGUGUAAUGUUUAACUUAUAGUUUGUGUUUUUUCAUGGUGACCUCUUCCCCACAAACAUGAAACUGCAGCAAAGAUUUCCCUUUCAAAACCCUUCCUGGAAGAACUUAGAACUUAAAACCACCACAAACACUCCAUAUUUCCCUACUGAAUAAAUAGAAUCACUGUAAACAUUUCCCCUUUUACAGUAUCUCCCACAGCUCCAACUCACCCUUUCUGAAGGAAAAUAGUUUUUUUCUUUCUUGUUUCAUAAGUAAUGAUGUUUUAUUCAGUUGUUGCUACACAACAUAAUGUGUAGAAGCAAAAACCCAAGCAUUCAAGGCUGGACAUUUUCUUAUUGGAACACCUUUGGCUGCUCAAAAAGGACAGUUGAGUAUGAAUUUGCAUUUGUAGCAGUAUUUAUUACCCAUUAACUUUUACAUAAUGUGCCCCCCACUUGAAAAGUCGUCAUUCUUUUUCCAAAAAAGGUCAUAUACACCGAGGGUCACGUGGCCAGCCCCCAUCCAAUGAUCACUGCGAGUCCACUUGGCAGGUUCCAGUCUUGUGACGAAGACGUAAUCAUUUCCACCUGUUCCUUCUGUCCAGUAAGCUGCGUUUGUGCAACACUGAAAGCUCUUCACCGUUCAACAUGGCAUUUUCAGGUCCAGUCUUCUGCUUCUUGAUUGUGGUGCUUGCUGGAAACUCUGUGAAUGGCUUUUGUUCGUCUAGUGGAUCCAAAGGGGAAGAGUGCUUCGCUGCUGUGGAGGCGGUGCGUACGUACCUCAUGAAGGACUCGGUGCAAGACUUCAUCUUCUCUACUCUGAAGGAAGCCUGCCACGGCGUCUACUCUAAGAACAAGGAUGUGUCAGAGGAUAUACAUGCCUUUUGUGAUCACGAGGUGAAGGCAUCAGUGUCCGACAUGAAUGACUUCAUUUACAGCAAACUGCAACCCAAGGCGCUGUAUCACCCCCGCAACUAUACAGGCAAUGGAGUCACCAAGGAGGUCAAGCUGGGUUCAUUUAAAGGUGUCAUAUGCCGUACUGUCCUGUCCUUGGUCGAGUUUCUGCUGGUGGAUCAUGAGACUGUGAUCGCCAAUGCCAGCACUGGCCUCUGCAAUCUCAUUCCGCUGCCUAACUUCCAAUCCCAGUGUGCGGAGCUGGUCAACGAGUUCGUGCUGAACCUUAUCACAGAUCUGCAAAUUGAAGUGACCCCAGCAGGCAUCUGCAAUGCCAUCAUACCUGGCCAAUAGAUGGCGCUCAUGACGCAUCUGGCCAGUAAAUCCUCAACUUGGCCAUGCUUUAUGCAGAACAAGCUGGCAGGAAUGUGUAAGAGAACAUCUUUAAUGUUGCUCACGCCUGUGGCCACAAUGAUGUCCAAACGUGAUUCUAAAUGUGUUAGCGCAUGCAUGCAUAAGUAAAUGUAGAAUACGUAUAAUAUCUCAAUGCUUAAACAAAUAACGUUAUACUGUUAAGUUCAUGCAAAGUCAGCUAUUUACCUUUUAG